UUGCCAAUUACAAUGAAUAUUUAAUAGGCUUCAAACACAGUUGGUACCUCCUCUCUCUUAUAUAUCCACUUCCCAUAAGCAGAGCAGCCAGUUCUUUCAUCACUGCAUUCCUUUGAGCCAGAGAACUUGGUAGCCAAACAUGUUCCAAACUGAUUCAGCGUCCAGUUUUCCAGCUUUUGUCCACAAGAGAAGAGGAGAAGCGGAAUAUCACCGAACAUGCCGUCUGGACACAAACAAUCCACAGAGCGUCCUGCAUGUCGUUGGCACAUCUUUAAAGGCGAAUUUGAACAGGAGCGCCCCUCCUGGCUCCAACUUCUUCUCAGUGAAGUGCACUGCCAAUGUUAAAUUCGAACUCAGCCCUCCACCUGGGGAGUCAUCCCAUCGGGCCCUGGUACCCCUCUGUGGAAACUCAGUCAUACUCAUCAGCAUGAGCCAUGCCAGCCAAUCUGAAAAAGAUGAUAAGCUGUCUGUCCGCUAUUAUGGAAGUGGAAGUACCAGGAAGGUUUUGGGGACAGCAGUUCUGCAUCUUACUGCCAUUGAGAUCUCUCUUGACGUGGAUGCUGACAGAGAUGGCAUUGUGGAGAAAAACAACCCGCACAAGGAAUCAUGGGCAUGGGGUCCCAAUGGGCAUGGAGCUAUCCUGCUGGUCAACUGUGAUUCAGAAAAGACAUACAACAAGUCACUAGACAGUGAGGAUCCCCGCAUAGUCAAAGUGGCAGAUCUUAAGGACAUGUCACUCAUGGUGCUGCGGACCAGAGGACCUCCUGAACUCCCAGAAGGCUACAAACUCACCAUGCACAUCUCUCAGGGAGACGCAGAGAGUGUUCGAGUCUUCAGAGCUGCAUCCCAUGAAGUGGUUAAGAACAGCCUGCACAAAAUUUUUAGUUCUUUUGUAAAGGACUAUCCAUUGGUGCUAAGCAGUGAGGUGCUGUCCCAGGAAGUGCCUUAUCUUGGAGGCUCAGCGGAAAUGAACUUCUAUGUGGAGGGUCUGAGGUUUCCUGACAAGGACUUUGAUGGGCUCAUCACCAUCAACCUUAGCUUACUGCAGCCAGUGAAAGAGGGCAUUCCUGAGACACCCAUUUUCACAGACAAAGUGGUGUUCAGAGUGUCACCAUGGAUCAUGACACCCAACACCCUCCAGCCUGUGGAGGUGUUUGUCUGCAGUACGUCUGAUAACUACCAGUUCCUCAAAGGAAUGAAGACUCUUGUUGCACGUUGUGGGUACAAGCUGAAGAUCUGCCAUGAAUACCUGAACAGAGGAGAUCGCUGGAUGCAAGAUGAACUGGAAUUUGGUUACAUUGAUUCACCCCAUCACUCUUUUCCUGUGGUUUUGGAUUCCCCCAGAGAUGGAGAUCUUGAUGACUUUCCUUAUGAUGAACUACUGGGCCCUGACUUUGGGUAUGUGACCAGAGUGGCUUGCAGAAAAGAUGUGAGCAGCCUGGACUCGUUCGGUAAUCUGGAGGUCAGCCCUCCCGUCACAGUGAAUGGAAAAAAAUACCCUCUGGGCAGAAUCCUCAUUGGGGUUGCCUUCCCAACGGCAACAAAGGGAAGAAACAUGACCAAAGUGGUUCAAGACUUUUUGUGGGCUCAGAAGGUUCAGGAGCCUGUUGCCUUGUUUUCUGACUGGCUCUGUGUUGGUCACAUCGAUGAAUUCAUGACCUUUGUUCCGGCUCCCGACAGAAAGGGCUUUCGCCUGCUGCUGGCCAGCCCAGACGCAGGCUACAAAUUAUUCAGAGGACUUCAUAAUGAUGGGCAUGGACAAGCCAAGAUGUUUGAUGGUGUGAAAAAUGAGGUGCAUGUGACAGUGGAUGAUAUCUUGAGGGAUGAAAAUCUACGAGAUGAAAAUAACUACGUCCAGAGCUGCAUUGACUGGAACAGGGAUGUUCUGAAAAGAGAGCUGGGCCUGGAUGACGAUGACAUUAUUGACCUCCCAAUUCUUUUUAAGCUGGAUGACGAGGAUGGCUCCAGAGCAGUGGCUUACUACCCUGAUAUGGUCAACAUGAUCGUUUUGGGGAAAAACCUCGGCAUUCCAAAGCCGUUUGGCCCCAAGGUGAAUGGACGCUGUGCCCUGGAGACCGAGAUGUGCUCCCUGAUGGAGGGUCUGGGCCUCAACUGCACCUUCAUUGACGACUUCGCCUCCUACCACAAACUGCUGGGAGAGGUGCACUGUGGCUCCAAUGUCCUCAGAAAGCCUUUUGACUUCAAAUGGUGGAACCUUGAGCUGUGAAUUAAAACCUAAAAAAGGUCAAAGCUACAAUCCUUAAGGAUUCAGUUCAGCAAAUAUUCUACAAUAUCACAGGUUAGACUUCUUUAAAUGACAAUUAUUCUUCUUAUAACACCAUUUUGAUCAAAUUUCAACAAUCAAAUUAAAAGCAAUUCCUUGUUUCAACACUUGAAUCAGUCAUGCAUUUAUGUCAAUCUGCAUUUAAGAGAUAAAUCUGACACAGUGUAUAAAGAGUGAAUAGUAAUCAGCAAAGCUACACACCAUGCACACCGCUUUUCCUGUGAAUUAUUUUAAGAGAAAAAUCUUUUUUUUUUCCUGUCAGUCAUAGUGUGCGUGGAAGCAAUUACUUAAUAAGCUCCAACAUGUACAUGGAGCCAAUGAAGGUGCCAAAUUUUCAAGUGGCAUAAAAUGGCUUUGUCUGUAGAAUUAUUACCUAAAACACAUGGGGUUCAAAAAGUUCCACAAAUCAGUAAAUUAAAUUUGUCGGUAAACAUAUACAUAAUGUGAUAAAUUAAAUACAUGCAAUUUAUUGAAUGCACCAAUGAUUUAAAAAGAACAAAAUGUACUUUUAAUUUGCUCAUCUUAAAGCAUUUAGAAUUAUCUCAGUGGUUUAUUGGAUUUCAUUGUCUAAUAAUUGCCAUCAUGAAUUAAUUUUAUCUGUCAAAUUUACAUUUUAUAGACUGCUCUACCCAAGUUGUCAGUUUAAAUUAUUUCACGAUGUACUGCAGCUUAUAUGACACACAAAAUAAAGUUAAACUAAAAUGAUUGUAGAUGAUUUUAUCACAGGCUUACAGUAACAUUUAUAUACGCCUCUGAUGUUAGUUUUAUUUAAAUUAUCACAUUUGGUGUACAUUUAUUUGACAAAUUUAUUUGGACUUUAUCAUUUUUGAACAAUAGGAAGUAUACUGUUUGUUAUCUGUUUAGAACAUCUGCUGCCAGGUUGCUAAAUAACUUUCUUCUCUUACCAGAUAGUUUCAUAAUAGUAUCUCACUAUCGUAACAAUCAGCACUGAGAAUAAAUUACUCUGGGGCUCGUGGUGUUCAUUUUUAUUAAACCUUCUUGAUUCCAUUUACAAAAAAAGAUGAAAAGCAAUAUUUACAAACAAGUUGUUUUUUUUUUAACAAGGGUUUAAGCCAACAGUUGAUGAGAACAGAAAUAGAAUAAUUUGAAUUAAGCACAGCAAAUUUCUUUCUAUGUUUUUGUGGCCGAUAUACACUGGUAUACAGUGCAAACACGUACACUCGAAUGAUGGUACCACAUAUAAUAUGCAAUAACAAUAUCGAGCCACAAGAGGGCAGGCGUUACCUACUCCAGUCUUUUCAAUAUCCAAGUUUUUUUUCUUAAAGAUCUGCUUAAAGGAUAUUUUUGCAUUAUAUUUACUAGUUUUUAUCAUUUAUUUUUCUAUGCCACUUUAUUUUUGUCACUAUAAAGAGCCUUAAUGAAUACAUUAUAUGCUUUGCUUCUGUCUUAAAAUUCUUUUUUCUUUGUAUGCAAUAUAAAUGCUUCCAUCUAACUACAUAAUAAAUAUAUUCUGAAAAUUUA